GGCGGCUGUGGGGGAUUACCCAUGAUGCCCCGUGGUAAAGAUGGCGACCGCUGAGAAGAUCCGUAACUUUCUGUGAGAGCGGCUCCGAGUCCAACUCUAGCCGCUGUUAGGUGCCCGGAGCCCGGCCGCAGCCUCCGCCAAGGACCGCUGCCAGCGCUCAUCCCCGGCCUGGAGUAUCCGCGCUUCCCGCUGACGGUCCACCUACUCCGGGCCUCGGAUUAAAGACCCGAGGACAGAGGAGACAAGAAGGUAGGAGACGAGGAGGGUAGGAGUCGAGGAGGUAGGAGAUGAGUGCGACCGCGAGGAAGCCCUACCGCAAAGCCCCGCCCCAACACCGAGAAACACGCCCCGUCCACCACCAGCCCGCUGCCCCGCCCUCAGAUGUCCCACAGGAGCCGGUCUCGGAGUCUGAGCGGAUCAGGAUGCUGGAGGCGCAGAAUGAGGAGCUGCGGCGCCGUCUCUCUUUGUCCAAUCAGAGGACAGAAGCUCUGGGGGCGGAGCUGGACUCGUGCAGACACUACAUGGAGGCGGAGCUUAACCGUACCCGCGAUGACCUUGACAAGAUGAGGGACAAGUUCAGGAGGCUACAGAACAGUUACACAGCGUCUCAGAGAACCAACCAGGAUCUGGAGGAGAAGCUUCACGCACUGCUGAGGAAGGUGGAGCGGGACAAGAAGACGAUGGACCAGGAGCUGGUGGAACUUACCAACAAAUUGUUAGACGCCAAAGGAACGAUCGACCGCCUGGAGGAGCUCAAUGAGCGUUACCGUCAGGACUGUAAUCUGGCCGUGCAGCUGCUCAAGUGCAACAAGAGCCACUUUAGGAACCACAAGUUUGCAGAUCUGCCCACGGAGCUCCAGGACAUGCUCAACAAACACAUGAAGAACACUCUACCCGACCAGAGCUCCACAGACAAGGACCCGGACUCCCUAAGCCUGACCCCGGCUGAUGUGGUGCCGACCUCUGUCAUCGCGAGAGUCCUGGAGAAACCGGAGCCGCUGUUACUUAACUCCGCCCACUCACGCAGCAGCCGGCCAAUCGCAGAGGACGUCUUUGUGCAUGUUGACAUGACAUCAUUGGAUGCACAGCCCAACGGAGCCAGUCCCGCGGCGGCCGGCUCUCCCCCGUCCAGCCGACAGCAGAAUGGCUCUUCCCGCCCCCUGGCCUCGCCUCGCCCACUGGCUGCAUCCCUUGAAGAUGUCUCCGUGUCCAAACUGAACCCGUACCCGGCCCCGCCCCCUCCGCUGCAGGCCCCGCCCCCUCACGCCCUGUAUCCAGGUCGAAAGGUCAUCGAGUUCUCGUCGGACGACCGCGUGAAGAUUCCCAAGAACAGUCCCCUCCCCAACUGCACAUACGCCACACGCCAGGCCAUAUCACUCAGCCUGGUGGAGAGCCCCACCCCCUCUGCCUCACACCGCGCCUCGGCCAAUCAAAGAGAGAUGCUGAGCGAGCCGCUGUCCAGCCAGUCCAGCCCCUUCAGCAGCCCCCCACAGGCUCUGAGUGCAGGUCCGAGCUCUGGCAGCUCUGAAGAGGACCUGUUGAACUCGUGGCAGAGACUCUUCGUGGACAAAAUGGCGCCCUCCGACACGCUGCACCGUACGGCCUUCAGCAGCCAAUCGGCACGCGAGCUCCAGCAUCGAGGUGGGGCUUACUCUGAUGGAGAGGAGGUUUCGUCUAAUCAGAGCUGGACCCCAAGCAGAGGCUCGAGUCUGGACACAGACACAGACCCUGAGACCAGACCAAGACCUAGCCAAGACCUACUGGACCUCAAAGACCCCAACCCCCUUAGUCCUGGUCUGCUGUUGGACUCGUCGCUGAUGUUGGGUGACUCUGAAAUGGCUGACAGGAAGUGUCUCCAUGACGACGACGACAACGACGAUGAGGAGGAGGAGGAGAGGGACGUCCUUCCUGGCGACCUGCCAAUCAUCUCUUCCCGCCUCCUGGACCCCACUCAGCCAAUCAGCUCGCAACACCCUGCCCCCGCUCCACAGCGCCCCCCGAAGAGCCCCAAACGCAUGGGUGUCCACCACCUGCACCGCAAAGACAGCCUGACGCGUGCCCAGGAGCAAGGCACUCUGCUGGACUAGAACCACCACCAACCCCAGGCCCAUGAGCAAGGCACGGUCUUUACCAAAACCACCGACCUCAGGAGCAAGGCACGCUCUGGACUAGAACCACCAACCCCAGGAGCAAGGCACUCUGCUGCACGAUGAACCUGAAUGUUUAAAUCUCACUUUUGACCAUUGGCCUCUGAGGAGUUGAGGGCCUUGGCACAGAGGAAUGUGACCCCUGACCUCCCCACGACCUGGGACUCAAAUCAGAGACCCUCUGGUGUGAGCGAGAGAGGGCUAACCACUUUGCCACUGUGCUCCUGAAUAAUCCAGUCAUCUAAUGUGUUAGGCCCCACCUCUUGCCUGUCACUCAAGAGACCCCGCCCUGCGCUCCCCUAAGCCCUACCCCUCGCCCGUCACUCACACAGAACCCGCCCUUCGUCUGUCACUCACACAGACCCACCCCUCGCCCGUCACUCACACAGUCCCCGCCCCUGAGUCUCAAACAGGAAAUGAUCUCACCGGACUCAAACCUUCUGAUUUAAAGUUUUUAUUUAGUUUUUUUUUGAAGAUUUUAAGUUUUUAUUUUAAGUUUAACCUGAGUUUAGUUUCAUUUUAGAUUUAUUUUAAUGAUACGUUUAUAAAUUUACUUUGGCUCGUUUUCAUUUUAAUGCUUCUGCAGAAACCUGAUGGGGCCAUGAGUCACAGGACUGGACCAGGACCUGGACUGAAGCCUGUAUUUAAACCAGAGACUGAAUCUGCUGGUGAAGGUCCAAACCACAUAGACUAGUAUACGCCCAUGUUCCACUAUGGAACCUACCUGCACCACUGAGUCAUUACACAGACAGAAGGCCACGUGGGACUAAAAAAGAAAGUAGACAAUAUACUGUGAUUUUCCACACUAAAUUGUAGUAAAGAGUGUUUUUAUUAUCAGCGUGGUAUUGGUAUUGAGUCCUUAGUAUUGCAGACUCAGCAUUAACCCUUCCCUGAGUUAUGGCUCCAUCAGGCCUUCGUAUUUAUGUUUGUGAUGUUUUUAAACCAACACACUGCACUUUUCGCCACCGAGUCGCCUGGUUGGCUGCUCUCUCCGGGCAAGCUGCCUGAUUGGUGGAUUAUUCGUGGAUGUAUUUAGCACCAUUCACAGCCUGAAUCACAAAUGUAACGACACACGAUUGGACAGAGCCAGUGCAUUCUGGGAAAUGCGAUCUCAUGGCAUGUUCAUGUUUCACCGUCAGAAAAGCCCCACUCCCUAAAACCAUGUUUCCCAGCAUGCACUGGGCACUGAACCCACAGGUCACAGAUUGUACCCUCUGACCUCUGACCCCUGCUGUAAUGUGUCACUUCCUGUUCGGACUGUUAGAGACGAAUGCGUUUAUUUUGUAAACGAGUAUUUUAAAACAAAUUAAAUAUUUUAAACUU